CCCCCCUACCCCGCAAUCCCCGCGUCUUCUCCGGCCGCCGCUGUCGCCCCCGACGCCGACGCCGCCAUCGCAAUGCCCCAGUUCGUGGAGAACUUCUGGGGGGAGAAGAACAAUGGAUUUGACAUCCUCUACCAUAACAUGAAGCACGGCCAGAUAUCCACCAAGGAGGUGGCCGACUUCAUCAGAGAAAGGAUGACGGUGGAAGAAGUUUAUGCCAAGUCGUUAACGAAGCUGGCCAAGACGGCCAGCAACAACUCGCAGCUGGGGACGUUUGCGCCCAUGUGGGAGGUGUUCCGCGCCUCGUCGGAGCGCCUCGCCUUGUGCCACCAGGAGCUGAGCCGCAAGCUCAUGGAGCUCAUCCGGGAGGUGCAGAAGUACGGCGACGAGCAGACCAAGCAGCACAAGAAGACGAAGGAGGAGGUGUCGGGGACCCUGGAGGCCGUGCAGGGCAUGCAGACCACCACACAGGCGCUGCUCAAAGCCAAGGAGGUCUACAACAGCAAACACCAGGAGACGGAGAGACUCAAGAAGGAGGGAAACCACAAAGAGUACGAGAAGGCCCAGGUGAAGUCACGCAAGGCGAUGGAGGCGUACAAGGUGUUCGUGGAUAAGUACGCCAACGUGCGCUCCGACUUUGAGCACAAGAUGACGGAAACGGCACAGAGGUUCCAGGAGAUUGAGGAGGCUCACCUGCAGAGCCUUCACGACUUCAUCAAGGCCUUUUCCCAGGCUGUGGAAGACACGCACACCCUCAUCGGGCAGGUGCACAUGGAGUUCAGGCAGCAGGUGCGGGACAUCACUGCGGAUAAUCUCAUCGAGAAAUACUCGGAGAGCAAGGGCACGGGCAAGGAGCGUCCAGCCACCUUGCAUCCCAUCCAUCAGGUUUUGGGAUCCUCAAAAAUGUUCAUGAUCCACCAACACAUUCCUCCAAAGGGCUGCUUUACAGGCCCCAUUGAGUUUGAAGAAUGCAACAGCACCAACUCGGCCAACAUGAUCGAGGGACUGAGGAAGAGAACGAGGAAAGCGUUUGGAAGAAGAAAGAAAGAGAAAGACACGGACUCCACGGAAUCGCCAGACGCAGACUCAGUUAACUCCCCGGAGGUGGACGAGGAAGGCUUCAGCGUUCGACCGGAGCCCAAUCAGAAUGAGCCGCGCGAGAACCACUUCUACUCGUCGAGCGACGACGACUCGGACGACGAGGACCGCAAGCGGUUCCACGUGGAGAUCAAACCGGUGCAGCCGCGCGACUCAAACCACAACCCGGCCGCGGCCAUCGAGCAGCUGAAGGCCUCCAUCGGCAACAUCAUGCUGUCUUCGCCCGCCACCGCGGGUCCUAUUAAAAGAAACUCGUCGACGGACGAGCUGUCAAGGCCGCGGCGUUCCACCCCGACACCCGACAACAUCAGCGGCAACUCCAAGACCAACAGCGAUCUGUUGGCCGCCCUGGACCCUCUGUACGGUGGCGCUGGCGAGUCAGACCCCACCUCUCCCGCCUCGCGGAGGCACAAAGGCAGUAGGGGUCGCGGCGCCACGGCCUCCGCCCCGCCGCUCACCGCCUCCUCGGCGCACACGUCCCCCGGCGGCGGCGGCGAACGCAGCACGCCUCGCUCCCCGGGCACGCGCAGCGAAAACGGCAGCGCGACCGCCGGCGCCGCCGCCGCCGAACCAGCGCAGCAGCACGACCACUGGGUGUCGUUCGACGACGACGACGGCGGCGGGGGAGGCGGCAACGUGGUUACCGGCGUGGCACCGCCGCCACCCCGCCCGACCGUCAGAGUCUACCUGGAGCGCCGGGGAUCGCUGCCGAGCUCGCUGGCCCCGGAGGAGGCCGCGGGCGGCCGCGCCGAGACGUCCCCGUCGCCGCCCGAGAGCCCGUCGCCGCGCCGCACGUCGCUGCCCGUGCACUGGGACUCGGACUCGCUCGCCGUCUACUGCUUCGGGCCGCUCUCCGAGCCCGGCUCGCCCGUCGGCGAAGCGGCCCGCUGCUCCACGCCGCCCGUGAGCCCCCCGCCGCCUCCGCCGCUGCCCCCCCGACCUCCCGCGCAGCGGCUGACGCCGACGCCGCCCUCGGCGGGGGCGCCGCCGUCCCCGCCGUCCCCGCCGUCCCCGCCCGUCGCCCCCGAGGAGGAGCCGGCGCCGCGGCCGCCGACGCCGCCGCCCUCCAGUCCCCCGCCGCUCCCGGCGACGAAGUCUUCGCCGGCGUCGCCGGCCGCUUGCGGGAGACGCUGCGCCACGCCGUCGGGCGGGACGCCGCCCCCGCUGCCCAGCACGGGCCCGCCCAGGACCCCGCCGCCGAGGCCGCCGUCGUCGUCCUCGGGGCAGCCCGGCACGCCGCCGCUACCGUCCUCGCCCGGGGCGGAGAAACUGCGGGCGAUGACGCAGCUGCCGCAGGCGCGGCAGGAGACGCCGCCAGAGGAACUCGGGGGCGGCUCUGAACUAGCGGCGACAGAAUUGUCCGACGUUGAGAGCGCCCUGUUGGAUGGAGCGGUGGAGGAGGGGUUACUCGACGGCGUUCAGCAGGCUGCGGGCACGGCCGGUGGGCGCGGGGCGGGCGACGCCGGGCCCUCUCCAGUUCACACCACCAAGAGCCCGCAGACGACGAACGGCGGAGGGGGGGGAGGGGGAGGGGGAGGGGGAGGAGGAGGAGGGGGGGGUACAUCGCUCAUCCCACCGCCCCGGCCCCCGUCACGGCCCAAACUCCUGCCCAGCAAACUCGGGGGCAUCGAGGAGAACCCGCGAGCGUUCAGCCCCCCGCUGGCCCCGCUGGCGCGCGCCGAGAGCUCCUCCUCCAUGUCGUCCUCCGCGUCCAUGAGCGCCGCCACGACGCCCACAUACGUGUGUAGCUUUUUCAACGGUGUCGCUGCAGUGCGGCGCGUGGGAGCGUCGCGGGGUCCCAGCCCGCUCACGCUGAGCGCUCACGACUCGGUGCCCAUCGCCGCCGCCUUCACGGAGUCCAUCAGCGCCUACUUCAAGGGCGCCGACCACAACAACUGCAUCGUGAAGGUGGUGGGCGAGAUGACGGUGUCGUUCCCGGCGGGCGUGGCGCGCGUCUUCGGGGGCAGCACCUCCCCGCCCGUGCUCAGCUUCCGCCUGCGGCACGCUCGCCGCCUCGAAGCCGUGAGGCCCAACGCCUCGCUGCUCUUCAGUGACCCCUCCCAGAGUGACCCCAACUGCAAGGACUUCUGGGUGAACAUGGCGGCUCUGACGACGCACCUCAAGAAGCUGUCGGAGCAGAACCCCACGGCGACGUACUACAACGUGGACGUGCUACGAUACGAGGUGAGUGUGUCGGGCGGUGCCCAGUCGGUGCCGCUGAGCCUGGUGGCGCGCUGGAAGUGUGAGCCGACGGCCACCGAGGUGCAGGUCGACUACCGCUUCAACAGCGCUGCCAUGGCCGCGCCGGUGCCGCUCACCAGCGUGCAGGUCAUCAUCCCCGUGGACGGCGGCGUGCUCGGCAUGCAGGCCCAGCCGCCCGCCAUCUGGAACGCUGAGCAAAGCAGGGCACUUUGGAAAAUACCAGAAAUAUCUGACAAGUCAGAUGGGGCGGGCUGCGGCUCACUGCGAGCACACCUGGACGUGUCGGCGGGACCCAGCUCCCCGUCCACGCUCGCCGUGCAGUUUGGCUGCGAGGGAGCUUCCCUCUCGGGCCUGCAGCUCGAACUCGUGGGCCCCGGCUACCGCCUCUCGCUGCUCAAGAAGAGGAUGACCACUGGUAAGUACUUGGUGGACUGCUGACCCACCGACAGCGCCGCCCCUCCUGCGCCAGCCGGACCUCCCUCCCCGCACGCGUCGCUCGCCUCCGCCGCCACUAACGGUUGUGGCGCGCCCGUGAGCGUUGGCACUGCGGUCGACGCUGCCGAGGGCUGGAGCCAGGAGGGAUCGUCAGUCGAGGCCACAGAGCCGGCGAGCGUGGAGGCCGGAAGAUUCUCGCGAAUCUCCCGACGCGAGCCGCAAGCCUCUUCCAGCCUCGCCGGUGCCGGGUGCUCCCGACUGGAUUGGCGUCCGUCUGUCCGUCCGUGCGUCUGCGAGUCCGCUGGUUUCGGCCGAACGCACGGUGGUGAUGGAGGCUGCCCCCCCCCCACUCCCUGACCCUAAAUGUUGCCAGCUCCUGCAGGUGCCCCCCGACCCCCCACUCCACACCAUCACCCGCAGCACCCCCCCCCCCAAGGUGCCACCACAGCUCCCAACGUCGCCAGUUCUCUCCCACGUCGCCGGUACACGCGGCGUGGCCGUUGUGUGUCUCUACGGACCUGCCUGCCGGUCCUCCCAUGGACAAGCCAUUAAGCAAGAACUUUGCACUUUACAUUGUAUACCCUUGUUAAGUUUUUUUGUUUCGUUAUAGGGGGGAGGAAUUACUUCAUGGUGUUAACGUUGGUAUCGUUGUUAUUGUAAUGUUUUAUAUAUACAGUGUUGUUUCUUUUCUCCUCUGGCCCGGCUUCCCCUCGCCGUCGAGUGCGCGCGGUGACUGUGCGAUGCCACGUGCGUGAGACACGCGCACGGCUGGCACACCGGCUGUGUUUGGCGUCGGCUACUGCCGCCAUUGUAUUCUCGUCGACAGCGGCGGGGGGGGGGGGCAGUGCCAUCGUUGCGCAACGCCGCUGCCCCCCUGCCCAUCGUUCGAUGCUGCGAUCACUAAUCGUCCCAGUGGCGUCGAUAUAAAUAUUUACACACACAUGCAGACACGCAUACGUGGGUUUAUGUUGAUUCUCUCUCUCUCUCUUCAAGAUCCUUGAUUUUGUCUUCGUUCUGGUUGUUGUUGUUGUUGUAAUUUUGAUUCGUUUGCUACUGUCUGCUUGGCAGGGUUCGCGUGCCUCUGGGCGCGUGUCUUUGUGUGUGCGUGCGUCUUUGUGUGCGUGUGCGUCUUUGUGUGUGUGUGCGUCUUUGUGUGUGUGUGCGUGCGUCUUUGUGCGUGUGUGCGUCUUUGUGUGUGUGUGCGUGCGUCUUUGUCCGUGUGUGUGCGUGUACAUGCGUGUGUGUCCGUGUGUGUCCGUGUGCAUGCGUGCGUGUGUACGUGCGUGUGUACGUGUGUGUGUACGUGUGUGCGUGUACAUGCGUGUGUGUACGUGUGUGCGUGUACAUGCGUGUGUGUACGUGCGUGUGUGUACGUGUGUGCGUGUACGUGCGUGUGUGUACGUGUGUGCGUGUACAUGCGUGUGUGUACGUGUGUGCGUGUACAUGCGCGUGUGUGCGUGUGUGCGUGUACAUGCGCGUGUGUGAGUGUGUGCGUGUACAUGCGCGCGUGCACAUAUGCGCGCGUGUGUGUGACCCUGCAAUACCGCGACGCAUCUGCCAGAGGCUCUAAGCUGCUCCUCUGGAGGGGAUGAUGAUGAUGAUGUUUGACUGCUGCUGCUGCUGUGCGUGUGUGUGCUCGUGUCUAGUCGAGAACGCUGUAGGUUUCUCACUCAUUUUAAAUGUUAGACCUGCCUUACGUGGUGGCGAGUUAAAACAAAACAAAAAAAAGACACGAUAUAUUCUAAUGUAAAUAGUCGGUGAUUUGUUCCUGAGCACCUAUAUGAUAAUGAUGAUGAUGGUAGUCGUAAUACAGACAACAGAAAUUGUACAUUUAUAGAGAUUCAGUCACUCUUAAGAAUAUUUUUUUUUAAUGUGUUGCACUUGUAAUAAAAUUUAAGAAAAUGUAUAUUCUAGAGCGGGGGAGGGACGGAUCGUGUGCUGUACGUACACCGAGGGGGGUUUUCUGUUCGGUAACAAAACAAAAAAAAUUAACAAAUCGGAAAAAUUACAAAUUCCCGUUGGGUUAUAAAAAUGAAAUAACGGUGAUUUUUUUAUUUACCUUUUGUUUCUUCUUAACUUCCGCCUCUGUCAUGUCCUCUCUGUGCGGUGCUAACACACCGAGAGAUGCCGUGUAUAUACCGCCAACGUAACCGUCCAUGUAGAAGUUACCGUUACCGCUUUCACUUGUAUAUGCCAAACAGAUCCGUUCGCAUAUAAAGACAUCUAUUGAUGGA